AUGUUGAGAUUAGCUAGACUCGCCCGGGCCCAGGCAACUGCCAGCCCCAGCACCAAGGCCUUCUCGACCACGUCGGUCACCAUGAAAAAGGCUGCUCCAUCAACCCCAGCCAGAAAGACCAAAAUCGCAUUCAAGGUGCUGAGAGAACAGACCAAGACCAAGAAGCCAGGAAUGACCCAUUUGGAGUUCAAGGACGCUGUGGGCGCGCUCGGCUUCGAGAAGAUGGCCGCAGACCUCUCUGCGUUGGAAUUGAACAAGUUGUCGUUCGAGCACCUUGCAGCAUUGAAGGCUCAAGUCACCAGAUACGACGCCAAGGUAGAGCCCAAGUUGAAGACACUUGGCUCAUUCAAGAAGCUCCAGCACCACGAGUUGUUCCAGAAUCCAGUCUCGUUGGUUUCGGAAAACACCCUCAGGUUGGCCCAGGAACUGAUCGCCAAAUUGGACUCCACUGCCAGUAAAGACAACAGAAUAUGUUUGGUGGGACCCAACGGAGUCGGAAAGUCCACGCUCCUCACCCAGGCCAAGGCAUUAGCAUUGGCUCAGCACGAAGACGUCGUGCUCUUGCACAUCGACAACGGAGUCAACUUGGUCAACGGUUCCAGUGACUACAUCUUCAACCAGAAGUCUGGCAAGUACCAACAGCCCAUGUUGACCAAGAGAUGGAUCUACAAGUUGCGUCAGGUCAACGAGGAGGUGUUCAAGAAAAUGAAGUUGACCAGAGACAUCUCGUUCCAGUCCAACAGAGUGGACUACAACUUGAAGAAGAACGUUAACACCGUGUACGAACUCCUUUUACAUAACCACGACUUUGGUAAGUUUGCCCCCACCUCAGCAUUCGCUUUCUUUGUGGACGAGCUCGUGGCCCACUCCAAGAACUUCCCAGUAUUAUUCUCCAUCGACAACUUCAACGGUAUCACCGACUACUCACAAACCAAGUAUCACCACCCUGACUUCAGCCAUAUCCACCUUUCUGAGUUCGAGAUGGGAGACUUCGUAUUGAAGGUGACUGGAGGUGCAUUGAGCUUUGCCAAGGGAGGAGUCUUGUUGGCCAAGACCAGCGACUUUGGCCAACACCGUUCCACCUUGGACGUUGCAUUGGGCAUCGAGGAGUACGACCCAUACUCCAAGAAGAAGUUCUUGGACGUGGAAGUCGCCAACACAUUGAAGCAAAACGGUUCCAUCAAGCCGUUCGAGGUCAAGACCUGGACCAAGGACGAAUCGAAGGAAUUGUUGAAGUUCUACCAGGAUGCUGGAGUGUUGUUUGUCAACGACUACAAGACUAAGGAGUCCAACCAGACCGCAAAGGAGAUUCUUGAGGAAAAGGCUGCCGUCAGAGCCGGCAAGCUUGAACAACACGAGUUCGACCCAGUCAGACACUUUGACAGAAUUGUGAAUAACCAAUACACCAUCAGUGGAGGUAACCCAGCACACUUGUUGAAGGCCUCAGCAUUUAUAUUUUAG